AUGCCUCUGAAACUCUGCCUUCUUUUUUUGAUUCUCUACCAUCCAACGAUGGCCGCUGAGGACAAAUAUUCGAUGGAAUUCCUCUCGGACACCUCUUCUCUAUCCUAUCGAGCGGUUUUCAUUAAGAAAAUGGUGGAUGAAGGUGAAAUUAUGUCGUUAUUUGAAACUUUUAGAAGGUUUUAGCUAUCCGCAAGAGGACUGCCUUGGAAUUUGAACUAACGUCUUCUGAACCGGUGAACUUUGGCUUCUUGAAGUGUGGCAUUUUUGGACUUUCAACGACUACAAAACUCUAUAAAGUUCGCUAUGUGUUCAAAGGAGUCGAGUUGGAGAACUUGAGAGACGUGAUCGGAAGGAGCUGUGCCAGUGAUAAUCAUACAGAAUCGUGAGUACACAGAUUCCUCUGAAGCUGAAGCCCAACUGUCUCGUUUAGCUUCGACUUGGUUAUACAUUCACCCGAGAGAACAAAAGUGUCGUUGCAUUUUGACAUCACAGAUGAGUUUGAAGAUGACAAGGAAGCAUCACAAUACGGCACGUUCUAGUACAGUUUCCCGGUUUAUGCACAUUUUUCAGUCCGAAGCAUGUAUCCGCUGAUCGUUCACUUUGAUGUGCCUGCCAACUCCUCCAAAUCAUAUCCAAUUCAAAUGAAAGCACUCGUACGUCGAUCGCUGAGAAACUUUGGAAGUCGACUUGAGAUCUCCACUUUCCUGACUGCUCCUUCUGUGAAGUACUCGAUGCGUCGUUGUGACUGGGAGCUCGACGAAAUGCCGCUGGUACAGAGAACUGUUUUGACAAGAGAACACGCGGAGAGCAUCGGCGACCUUAUCAUUAAUUCGUGCGACUCUGAAUGGCUUGUGGAUACUGUGAACGUACACAUUGUCAAUUCUGGAGACGUUUCGGUUUCUGGCCUGAUCACUUAUGCAAUUGUGUACGAGGAUGAGGAAACAUCGAACAUUCCCAUAGUUCCGGAGACUACUUCUCGAACUCAUUUACCUGUGACUUCAGUUCGUAACGUAGCCAAAGUACUACCAGUCGAAAGACUGUCUACGGAACAUUUCAAUCAUGUAUUUCUCAUCAUCAUUGCAAUUUGUGGAGCUAUAGGUAUUCAGAGAACCGAAACCUUUGAAAACUGUUUGACUUUUCAGCCGUCCUUACCACUUUCUACAGAUAUAAAAUGUCCAAGAGCCGAGUGUAUCACAUUGCUGACCACCGCAGCCACAACUACAAGUCCGUCCUUCCCGGAUAA